AUGGAGGUGAAGAGUAUCCUGAAGUCUGCUAAAAGAGUGGACAUGCUAAAGCGGGGUGAGGGCAGCACUACCCAGAGCAGCUCCAUCGGGGCCGUACGCUGGAAGCUGCCCGAGGAGGACGUACAGAUUCACAGCUCGGCCCCCAGCAGAAGCACCAACUCAAACAACCUCACCAAACACUCACAGCAACGUCCUCGUCAGAAUGGCCUGAAGGAUCUACGCAGCCUCCAGGAGUGUGUGCAGUUCAUCCAUCACUGGAAGGAGCAAGUGGAUCAAGUCUGCAAGGGCAGUAGCGAUCCAGAUGAGGGCACCAGUUUUAAAGUAUCCCAGAGUUCAGACCUGAGCAUCGAGCGCAGUCUUGAGGAGAGCAGGAAACUGAUCCUGGAGUGGGCUGACGAGCUCCAUCAUGUCGACAAGCUCCUGAAGGAGACGCCCUUGGCAUCAGAGAGUGAAAAUAAAGAAGAGGAUGCCAAUGAGAAGGCACAGCUGAGGAUCAUGGAUUGGGCAAAGGAGCUCCAAAGGGCAACUGAGAGUUGUGGUGUUCCGAGCGAAGAGCUGGGUAAAGUGUUGCGUCAGCUGGGCCUAAAGAAGAAACAGCUGGUCAACCUGCUGCCUCUGCUGGAGUAUAUCACCUGGUCUCUGCUCAAAGAAGACAGCACGAGAAUGGUUCCACAGUUGUGGUUACUGGCAAAGCAAAGGACCUGGAAAGCAGGAAUUCCAAGAUACAUCCCCAACUCAGUUUGGAGUUGGAUUUGCAGUGCAGCAGCUGAUGUGAUUCUGGACCCAAUGACCAGCCACCCCUGGCUGCUGCUGUCGGAGGACCAGCGUAUGGUCCGGGAGGGCCGCUCAGAGUCCAUCCUGCCUCCCAGCGUGCAGCGUUUUGAUAGCUGGCCCUGCGUGCUGGGUUGGGAGGGCUACAGCAGCGGCCGCCACUACUGGGAGGUGGACAUAGCCAAGACCGGCUACUGUCGUGUGGGACUGACCACUGCCGACUCCAAGCGUCACGGCCGCGUCCCCAUGACCCCAAAGGAGGGUUACUGGGUCUUGUGGCGCAGCACAAACCAUUUCUACGCCUGCACAAAGCCGGAGACUACGCUUCCCGCCAGCCUCAUGCCUCGACGUAUGGGGAUCUACUUGGAUUACGAAGAGGGCCAGAUCUCCUUCUACAACGCAGAAACAAAGUCCCACAUCUACACCUUCACUGGGAACUUCAGAGGGAAGCUGUACCCUCUUUUUGCCCCGCUUGAUGGUCGCACAUGCAUGACCAUCCAGCAAAUAGAAACUAAAAGAGAUGAGCCUCUCAGAUGUUUUUGAGAAGCGGUGUCAUGAAUUAGAUUUAAAAAUUCACUGAAAAACAUAAGCUCUGACUUUCAAAAGCACAAAAAUAU